AUGUCAUUAGUCGGUUCUGGCACCUUAAUUGUCAAACAUCUCAAAGCCAAAUUAACUCGUGAUACCGAGUUCCUUGGUAAAAUGGAUCCCUACUGUAAAGUCAUUCUUGGUAGUCAACAACAAAGAACAAGAGAACAUACAGAUGCAGGUAUCAGAAAUAUUCAAAUAAAUAGGGAAGCAUCCUUCAUGGAAUCAAUCACUAAGCUUUAGGCGUACAAACGAAUACAUAGCUGAAAUCUAAGUUUGGGACUCUGAUGAAGUAAGCACAGACGAUUUGAUAGGAGAAUGCUCAAUCGCACUUUAGACAUAUUUAAUUGAUACUCCAAAACCAGCUGAAUGGAUUAAUUUAAGCUAUAAAGUAAUUGAAAUAAUCAUUAAAAAAUCAGGGUAAAUCGGCUGGAUAGAUCUACAUAUCAUUUGAAUGGUUUCCUGAUUCAAAAUAUUAACAACAACCUUAGAUCCCAUCAAAUCCUUAAUAUUAUCAAUAAAAUAAUGUGAUACCCAUGAAACCUCCAGGAGCUCCUGGGUACCAGUAACCAUACAAUUAAUCAAUACCUUAUCAGCAAUCUUCAAAUUAUCCACCUUAAUAAGUAUAAUAUCCAUAGUCACCUCCUUAUGCAUAAUCAGGUCUCUAAGGUACAUUAGGAUAUCCUUAGAACCCAUCAUAAAACUAUAACCAAUAAGGAUAUGCCCCUACUUAUCCUCCUAAUUAAUAAUCAGGCUAUUAACCAAACGCACAACAAGGAUAUCCACCAAAUUAGCCUCCAACCUAUCCACAAAACCAAAUACCAAACUACCCUCCAAAUUAACCUCCAGGUUAUCCCCCAAAUUAACCUCCAGGAUAUCCCCCAAAUUAAGCUCCUGUCUAUCCACCAACUUAGGCUCCAGGAUAUCCACCAAAUUAAGCACCUGGCUAUCCACCAAAUUAAGCUCCAGGAUAUCCACCAAAUUAACCACCUGGCUACCCUCCAAAUUAAGCUCCAGGAUAUCCACCAAAUUAACCUCCUGGCUACCCACCAAAUUAACCACCCAUCUGCCCUACAAAUUAAGCUCCUGGUUAUCCACCAAAUUAACCACCCAUCUUGCCCACAAAUUAACAACCUAAUUAAUAAGGAUAUCCUAAUUAUAAUUAAACCAUGUAAAAUAAUCCUUAAGGUUUUCCAAAUCAACCUUAAAAUUAAUAAAAUCCAAAUCACCCAAAUACAAUUCAAAAUUAAUAACCUUAUCCUAAUAAUUAACCUCCUACAAAUUAUCCAGGUGAUUAACAUUCUAAUAGUUAACCAUAGAGUUAUCCAAAUAAUCAAAUACCACCAAAUUAAUAAACAUAGACAAUACCACAAAACCAACCUCCUGGUCAAUAAUAUCCAAAUUUACCUCCUCCAAAUCAAGGUUAUCCAAAUGUUCCUCCUAGUUAAUAAGGUCCACCUUAAUAAAAUUAUGUACCACCUUAAUAAUAACCACCUGCAUUCUACCCAGGUUAAACAUUACCUUAAAAUCAUAAUUAUCCAAGUUAGACAUUGCCACAGAAUUUUGAUCCAAAUAAGAUUCCUAAUCCAAUGGUGUGAUU